AUGCAGAGGGAGAAGCUGGGCCAGCACUGGUGGCCAUGGGCUAGAAACAGGACAAUUCAUGCCGACCCCGAGUCUGGCCCUCAGCAGCACAACAAUCACGUUAACCGAAACAAGCUCUCACUGGCCCUGACCUCUUCUCCCUCCGAUGCUCCUCGCCGCUUCACCUUUGCUCAGCUGAGCAGGGCAACUGAUGGGUUCGCUCUGGAGAAUAAGAUAGGAGAGGGAGCGUUUGGGACAGUCUACCGUGCAGCCGCGAUUCCUGUUUCUGGAUCAUCAGGUGCCACAUCAGCAAGUAGGAGAGGAACGGACGCAGCAGCUUCUGGGAAGGCAGACGGGCAGCGAAAUGAGGAGUUGUGGGCGGUGAAGAGGGCGAAGAGAGGGAGCAUGGGACCAGGAGGGGCGUUUGAGCGAGAGGUGCGCACCAUCUGGCGUUUGAAUCACCGCAGCCUGGUGUCGCUCAUAGGGUGGUGUGCGGAGCAAGGGGAGCAGCUGCUGGUUUAUGAGUUCGUGCCCAAUGGCAACCUCUAUGAAGCUCUGCAUGACCUCUCCCGUCCCCCGCUCUCCUUUCUCCAACGUGUGCACAUUGCCCUGGGUGUCGCGCGUGCGCUGCACUACAUACACGAACAGGCACGAGAAUGCAUGCUUCACAGGGAUGUCAAGUCGCUCAACAUACUUCUCACAGCAGAGCUGCAGCCCAAGCUGUCUGACUUUGGCCUAUCCCGCAUGCUGGAAGGCGGGGAGGCGAGUUUCUUCACUCAUGGGCUGUCAGGCACCAGGGGAUAUUUGGAUCCUGAGUUCCUCACCACACACCGUGCCUCCACCAAGACGGAUGUGUACAGCUUCGGAGUGGUUCUUCUUGAGCUCCUCACAGGCCAGCGCCCCUUGCUCUUCAUCUCGCUCUUGUCUCACUGUCAGCGCCCCUCGCUCUACAUCUCAUCCCAUGCUCCCUCUCUUCCCCUUCCCUACUCUCCUCCUCCCCUCUCCCCACCAGCUUCAAAGCGGUUUUCCUCGAGCCAUCUUUUGCUCACAGGCCAGCAUCCCAUGCUCGUCAUCUCAACCCAUGCUCCCUCUCGCCGCUUUUCCUUCUCUCUUUCCCCCUCCCCUACCCACCAGCUUCGGUGUGGUUCUUCUAGAGCUGCUCACGGGCAGGCAGUCUCAGAGAUCGUAUCUGCUGAGGAUCAAAUCUCUCGUAUCCCAGUGGAAGCACAUGCAGGAGCAGCAUCCACGAAACUUCUCCUGGAAGAUCCUUCUCUGGGUGCCUCCAGUAACCACUCGUUUGGUGUUUCCACUCUUGCUGACUGGGCUCGCCGCAUGCUCUCCCAUGGCCACCUGGCAGACAUUCUCGAUCCACGCAUGCCAUGUCAGCUGCCCAGUUUGCCACAUCAGCUGGCUGACUUUGCUGACGUGGCCGUGUCGUGCACAGACCCGAUUGGUUACCGCAGGCCUGGUAUGGGAUCUGUGUGCUCACGUCUGGAAGCCAUUCUUCACUCCCUCGCUCCGGAACCCACCAUGCCUCGCCAUCCCCUUUAUCAGCUCACUUCUUUACCAGCCACAGCACCACCUAGUGGUGUUUCCUCUACAGUAGCAGCUUUGUCUGGUGAGGAGUGUGGACGUUCUGGGGCCUACAGCACAGAUGAUCAGAUUCGUCACGGCAGCAGCAGCAGCUGUGGUGGUGCUGUUUAUGUGAGUCCCAGUGCACAUGCCAAAUUCCAGGGACUUGAGUAG